AUGUCACAAGUUCCACGAUUUGAGAGUGCUGAUGUCGACCCUAGCCCCCUAGGCAAGCCUCUCACUUUCACCUUCUCGGGUCGGACUGCCCCCAACAGAUUUUUAACGGGUGCCAUGAGCGAGCGUCUUGCAUCUUUCACCCUAGCUGAUGUCGAGAACCGUGGUGUUCCCACCCCUGAAUUGAUCAAUGUGUACAAGAACCGAGGUACCGCUGGAAUUGGCAUGAAUUUGACCGGCAAUGUGAUGAUCGACCCUGGCCACUUGGAGGCAGCUGGCAAUCCAAUCAUCCCCCGCCACGCGCCUUUCUCUGGUGAGCGGUUUGAACGUUUCCAGGAGCUUGCAGCUGGCGCAAAGGCCCAGGGAAGUCUCAUCGUCGCUCAGGUUGGCCACCCGGGCCGUCAAAUUCCUGAGUACCUUCAGCCAAACACUAUCAGCGCCAGUGCUGUUGCAAUGAAGGCUGAUAAUCUUGGUAUGACCUUCGCCACACCUCGUGCUGCGACUGAAGAAGAUAUUGCUGCUGUGAUUGAAGGUUUUGCUCAUGCCGCUGAGUACCUUGAUAAGGCUGGCUUUGAUGGCCUGGAGCUACACGGUGCUCAUGGAUAUCUCCUUAGCCAGUUCUUGUCACCUACUACCAACCACAGAACCGACCGUUACGGUGGUAGCCUGGAAAACCGGAUGAGAUUGAUCGUGGAGGUUAGAGAAGCAAUUGCCAAAAGAGUGAGCCCUGAUUUUAUUGUUGGUAUCAAGAUCAACAGUGUUGAGUUCCAGGAGAAGGGCUUCCAGCCCGAAGAGGCUAAGGAGCUUUGCAAGACUCUUGAGGACAACAAGUUUGACUUUGUUGAGUUGUCUGGUGGAACCUAUGAGAACUGGCCUCUGUCUGACGCUAAGCGGGCGUCAACCAUUGGACGUGAAGCUUUCUUCUUGCAAUUUGCCAAGCUCAUUGUUCCUGGUCUGACCAAGACCAAGACCUAUGUCACUGGAGGAAUGAAGACUGUUGAAGGCAUGGUCAAGGCAUUGGACACUGUUGACGGAGUCGGUCUUGGUCGUGCUCUGUGCCAGGAACCCAACCUCUGCAAGGAUAUCUUGUCCGGAAAGGUCAAAGGCGCUAUGCUGCAGAAGAUGGACAUGCAGAACUUCUUUGUGACUGCAGCAGCAAGCGGUCUGCAGAUUAAGCAGUUGGGGCAGAAUCUUGAGCCCAUCGAUCUUUCCGUUGAGGAGAACACUCUUAAAACUUUCGGUGCUUUGGGUCAGUGGAAGGUGGCACAACAAGCAAACCCUGACUUGUACCAGUUCCCCGCUGUGCCUGAUUACAGCACCCCGUUCAUUGCUACCAAGGCCUAG